AUGUAUGGAUUGUCAGGCGAAAACGAGGAUAAUACAACUGUCGACAAUAUGAAUAACUCCUUCGAUAUAAUUCUUAAUGAAUGUAAUCAAACCGUGAAUUUCUCUGAGAUUAUUACCUCCCCAUCGAUAAUCAUUUCAUUCUGUAUAGCGUCGACAAUUAAUCUAUGGAUAUUUGGUUCAUGUCUGUUUGUUAUCAUUAUACUACUGAAAACAAAAAAUAAACGUUUUGAUGCAACACGUAAAUUCUUGAUCAAUUUGGCUAUCACUGAUUUCGGUUUCGCCUGUUUACUAAUGCCUAUUUCUAUUGCUUAUAUUAUCCUCAAAGUGAAUUGGAUCCCGUGUCAUAUUCUGUGUCAUUUAUGGAUUAUAGCUGAUGUUUAUUUCUGUUCAACAAAUAUGUUCAAUUUAGUUGUUAUCGCUUUGGAUAGAAUGAUGGCGGUAAAUUACGCCGUGAAAUAUAACCAGAUGAUGUCGAAUACACGUGUACGCCUCUUGAUACUACUGAUAUGGAUUUUAGCCUUAUUUAUUACACUGCCAUUGUUGAUCAGCCUACUCUGGAAUUAUACAACAUCAACAACAACAACACAGAAUAUGUUAACUAUAGACACAGACUAUUCAUAUUCAUAUCACAUUGGGAAUACAUGCUUGAAGUACCCGUGUAGUUUAAUCAAUGUAAGUGUAUAUAUACGAAUAUUUAUUACACUAGGCGCAGUCUAUGUGCCAACAAUUUUAAUAUGCUAUUUUUAUUUUCAUGUAUUUUCUAAAGUUGUUGUAAAUAAACGUGGCAUUUCAAUCGGUUUACUAAUCGAUAAUGAAAGAGUAUGCAAUAAGAAGAGUGAUAAAAAGUGUGCUACUAUGUCAAAAAACAAUACUGACACAAAGGUGACUACCACUAAUUAUACUGAUAAGAAUAAUACUUCUGACGAGCAAGGCGACGUCAAUAAUAAUAAUGAUAAUAAUGGUAAUAAUAAAAGUAAUGCAGGCAAUAAAAGGAAUUAUAAGUCGAACUGUGGUCUUUUAAGAGUUCAUGUCGGCGGUAGACCAUUUCAAACAAAUCAUAUCAGUAAUACAACAGCACAGACAACAUUGUCCACACCGACAGCUGCUAAUGCUACUACUAAUUAUCCCUAUCAUAGUAGUACAAGAAUUGACAAAAAGAAUGGAAGACACGCCUCCUCUGUAACAUUAAAUUCACCGAUACACAAGUCAUCAGACAGUGAACAUCACCAACAUCUUCAUCAACGUGAAAAUCAAUCACAAUUGUGUAUUACCACUGGACUGGUAAGAAAAGAAAGGCAUGAAUCUGAUUGUGGUCCAUCAAGACGUAAAUUCAAUGAAUUAUUUUUAGCUGAUUUAGAAAAAUCGAAUUACAAGUCAAAAAGUAGUAAAAAGCUUUCGAGUACACUGUCUGAAAUGACAUUUAAAAUAAAUCGAAACAGGCUGGAUGUUACACCCUGCCACCAACAGCAACAGCAACACCAGCAACAACAACCUUUCAAAAGAAAACUUAAAAAUAUCCUACGUAAACAUUCCUUUCAUACCCUAUCCUCAGAGGCUAGUUUAAAACCUUUCGACGUGAUGCAUUCAAGACGUUCAACUGGAAAAAAUGAUAAAGAUGCUAAAUUUACAGAUAUCAGUACACUACGCAGAUGUGCUCUAAUGCCAUUACAUCCAAGUGCAGCCUGUUCAUCUAUCAGUAAUGAGUACAUCUAUUCAGCAAGAAAUUCCGAGAAUAUAUCCAGUCUGUCAACAACACAAAUGACUCCAAGAAAUAGUAAUCCAAUUGAUCAGUUCGGAUUACCUUCCGGCGAUGUGCCAUUAUCCCCUUCAGGAUUUAGUACUGCUUAUAAUUCCUACAGAAUUAAUGUAAAGCACACAAUUGAAAUUAAAGCCGUCUGUAUGUAUUUGAUAAAUAUCAGUUCAAUUGUCUUUUGUUGGUUACCAUUUUACACUAUCGUAUUGUUUACAGACUAUAUGCCGAGUGUAUGUCUUUCAUCGUUGACAGUUUAUGAUAUUUUCUACUGGUUGAAAUUUGCUUGUAUAGCAUUGAAUCCGAUUAUCUAUGGUUCUGCAUCAGAAGACUUGCGUAAAGCCUUUAAACGCUUUAUUCUACACUGUGGUAAAGUGAAAAAGGAGAAAAAAGCAUUGAAACGGUUAGUACUAGCUGGUCUAGGCGCAGCUGGUAUCCCCUAUGGGCAUAGAAUUAUCAUCCCGCCACAGAAGUGUAGCAGUAACACCAAUAAGUCAGUUGUAUUCAAUAAACCAUUGAUGGUAUUAACGGAUACAGAGGAAUGA